GGUGCCACUCUAAUGAGGGUGGUGUCGUCCCUUCUCUGCCCUGAAGCUGUAUCACAGAAACUUCCCAGCCCUAGUGUGUCACUGGCCCCAUGCUGAUGGGUUUCUGCACACUGGAAGAGGCGUGGCUCAUGUAAUGCAGCAUCAGGGGGAGGAAUUGCUUAUAUAACUGGGACAGCAGAUUUAGCAGAAGAGGUGAGGAGGCAGAGCCUGGGGAUGGGAGCAGUGAGCUGUGGGCAGGGGCAACACACCCGGCAGGGGCAACACACCCAGGUAGCUGCUCCUCCCAAGCAGGGUGGCAACAUCCGGGGCCCCUGGAAGAGCCUCUGGUCAGGUGUGGGGACCAUCAGGUCAGGUCUGGAAGAGCUGUGGGAACUACGGGGGCAUCAGUGCCUGAACGGGGAGUCCCUAGAGCCAGCCCCACUGCUGGUAGAGAAGCCGCUAUCUGAGUGGCCAGUGCCUCAGUUCAUCAACCUCUUUCUACCGGAGUUUCCCAUUAGGCCCAUUAGGGGGCAGCAGCAGCUGAAGAUUUUAGGCCUUGUGGCUAAAGGCUCCUUUGGAACUGUCCUCAAGGUGCUAGAUUGUGCCCAGAAAGCUGUAUUUGCAGUGAAGGUGGUACCCAAGGUAAAGGUCCUACAGAGGGACACUGUGAGGCAGUGCAAAGAGGAGGUUAGCAUCCAGCGACAGGUCAACCAUCCUUUUGUACACAGCUUGGGGGACAGCUGGCAGGGAAAACGGCACCUCUUCAUUAUGUGUAGCUACUGCAGAACAGAUCUUUACUCCCUGUGGUUGGCUGUUGGCUGCUUUCCUGAGGCUUCCAUACGUCUCUUUGCUGCUGAGCUUGUCCUGGUGCUGUGCUAUCUCCAUGACUUGGGCAUCAUCCAUCGAGACGUGAAGAUGGAGAAUAUCCUUCUGGAUGAACGAGGCCAUCUGAAACUGACAGACUUUGGUCUGUCCCGCCACCUGCCCCAGGGAGCCCGAGCCUAUACUAUCUGUGGUACUCUGCAAUACAUGGCCCCAGAGGUCCUGAGUGGAGGACCUUACAACCAUGCUGCUGAUUGGUGGUCCCUGGGUGUCUUACUUUUCUCUCUGGCAACUGGAAAGUUUCCAGUGGCUGCAGAGAGAGAUCAUGUGGCCAUGUUGGCAAGUGUGACCCACCGUGACGCUGAGAUUCCAGCUUCUCUUAACCAGGAGCUCUCACUCCUGCUCCAUGAGCUCUUAUGCCAGAACCCCCUCCACCGUCUGCGUUAUCUGCAUCACUUCCAGGUCCACCCUUUCUUUCGGGGUGUGGCCUUUGACCCAGAGCUCCUACAGAAGCAGCCAGUGAACUUUGUCAUGGAGACACAAGCUACCCAGCCCAGUCCAUCAGAGUCCAUGCCCUUCAAUGACUUUGACUGUGAUUUGGAGUCCUUCCUGGUCUACCCUGUCACUGCUUGAGCCUCUCUACUAUACUUCCCCAUUAUACAACUCACCUCUCAAAUCAACAUCUCAGAUUGGCUGGGUGCAGUGGCUGAUGCCUAUAAUCCUAGCACUCUGGGAGGGCAAGGUGGGAGAAUUGCUUGAGCUCA